AUGGGUAUAAACCCUACACCUCUUCCGCAGCUGGGUUGGGCUUCAUUGGUAACAGAUUUGCCCUCUCGUUCUCCUAGCCUUGACGUGAUUUCUUUCUCUCCUUAUCCCAGUCGCAAUUUCUUCCACAACUCCUACCACCACCGACAUCUAUGUUGGUUCCUCUCACCUCCGACCAACGCCUUGGUCGUCUCACCUAAGCUCCGGUCUCCUUCCAGCAAUGUUGUCCUCGUCUUCAUAUCAUCUACUUUGGAGCUGUAUAUGAUUUUACGUACAAGUUUGAAGCAUCAAAGUGUAAUGUUUUGGUUCUGAUGGUGAAAGGGAAUCCUCAAAGAGACAAACAGUUUCAUCAUAUUUUCCUAGAUUGAAGAUCACUUGGUCAUCAGCAAGAAGUUUCAUCAUAUUUUCCUAGAUUCUGGUUCAAUAAUGCUCGUAAUAUCACAAUUCAUUUAUUAACUAUGGAACUAUGGCAUCAAACUUGAAAAUCUGAGAUUUGCGAUUAAAUAAAAUAUGUAAUCGGUCGA